AUGGAGGUGCAUCAGGACGCAGUCAAGGCCAUUGCAUCGCGAGUUGCCUCGUUUUACGAUCGAAAAGUGCCAUUCAGACUGUACCACGGUUCGACGAACACGACGCAGCAGAGAAAGGUUGAUCUGAACAAGGCCAUCGAUACGAGCAAACUGAACCAUGUCCUUGCAGUCGACACCGAGCGGAUGACAUGCCUGGUCGAGCCAAAUGUGGCAAUGGAUGAGCUAGUGGAUGCUGUCCUCCCUUACGGAGUACUUCCUCCUGUGGUUAUGGAGUUCCCAGGUACGAUUCUUUCCGCUCAAUUGUCACGCUUGAUAGCUUACUUUCUUCAAUCUAGGCAGUAAGUGUUCAACCUCAUCGCCUUGGCCCCUGGAUCUGUGACUUACACAUGGCUGUAUAGUAACGGUUGGUGGCGGCUUCGCGGGUACGGCUGGAGAAAGCAGCGGGUUCAAAUACGGCUUCUUCGAUUGCAUCGUGAACUGGAUAGAAAUCGUGUUACCAAAUGGAGAGAUCGUCAAAGCAUCGAAAACGGAGCGAGAAGACCUCUUCCACGGCGCGGCUGGCAGUUUUGGAACCUUGGGUGUUACCACCCUCCUCGAACUGCAACUCAUCCCGGCCAAGAAAUAUGUCGAACUCACCUACCACCCGGUCCGCAGCGUCUCGGAAGCCAUGUCCAAGAUGGAUGUCGUCACAAACGAUUCCUCCAAUGACUAUGUCGAUGGGAUUCAAUAUAGCAUGACCAAGGGCGUCAUCGUCUCCGGCCGUCUCACUGAUACCAUUGCUCCCGGUCAAAAACUUCAACGCUUCAGUCGCGCUCAGGAUCCUUGGUUCUACAUCCACGUCGACCGCACGACGAACAAUGGGUUUGAAGAAAUCACAGAAGUCACGCCCGUGAAAGACUACCUCUUCAGGUACGAUCGCGGAGCCUUCUGGACGGGAAAAUACGCUUUCCAAUACUUCUUGACGCCUUUCAAUCGCAUCACGCGAUGGGCACUGGAUUAUUUCAUGCACACGCGAGUCAUGUACCACGCCCUCCACGCCUCGGGUCACGCAUCGAAAUACAUUGUGCAGGAUCUGCUGCUACCGCGCAGUGGCGUGGAAGAAUUUAUCCAGUUCGUGAACGACCGAUUUGGUUUCUGGCCGCUGUGGCUGUGUCCCCUGAAGAGAGGCCAGGAAGUCUCGCUGCAUCCCAGACUGCCGGAGGAGGAAGUCGGCGAUGGAAAAUCGGUGUCCUUCAUCAACGUGGGUGUGUGGGGACCUGGAUCGACGGAUUUCGCCAAGUUUGUGCAGCAGAAUCGGCAGUUGGAAGGCAAGCUGAGGGCGCUGGGAGGGAUCAAGUGGCUCUAUGCUCAGGCUUUCUAUACGGAGGUAAGCCUACAAUGGUGUGCUCCUGUUGUGUGGAGCGCGUUCUUGCUGACGAGAUUGCAAGGAUGAAUUCUGGUCCAUCUACGACAAGGAAUGGUACGAUGCUCUGCGGGAGAAAUAUCACGCUACCCACCUUCCCACCGUGUGGCAGAAGGUGAGGGUUGAUCUGAGCAGGGUCAAUCAAGGCAAGGAUUCCUGGUCUGGUUGGCUACGAAGCGCUGUAUGGGGCAUCUGGCCUGUGAGUGGUAUCUAUGGCGUUGUGAAGACGCUGCUGGGAAGAGAGUACUUGCUGGCAAAGUAG